AGCGCGCGCGAGAGAGACGGGGCAUCCUCCCCUCGCUGCCUCCCGUCCCGGCCUCGUUGUCAUGGCGACGGGUUUGUGACCGUCGCGGCCUACUCAGACUCCGGCCAUCUUCAGGCCUCGGCCUCGCGUGCCCAGCAGCUUCGCCCUCUCUCGCCUUCCUGCUCGUCGGAGCCAUGGCCUCGCGCAGUGCCGGGACUCUCCUGACCCAGAACAACGCGGUCUAUGUGCCGCCGGGACUCAUGCCUGGGUACCGUGGGCAUGUCCCCAACGUGACGUUUACUUUUGGCGAUACCUAUGGAAAUACUACCAUGAAAUCUUUCCAAGAUUUCCGCAGUCGUGCCAUGGAAACCAGCUGUAGUCCAUACAGCAAAGGGGGACAGUUCCCCACCCUCUUCUCCCCUGACCCAGGCUUGGUGCUUGGGGCGAGGGCAAGGGGCUGGGACAGGUGGCUGCACACCCCAAACUACUCUCGCUUCAAUUUGGAUUUCAACCGCUCAGAAGAACUGAAAGAGUUCUACAAGCUUUCCCAGAUGCAUCGCGAGCAUUACAGGGACAAGACCGGGAGGGUGCAGCAGGUUCCCUAUUUCGUGCUGCCUGUGAAGGAGAAGGACAAGUACCCUCACCCUCUUGAUCUGUCUGACAGCAUUUAGCUCUUUCUUUAAAAACAAAUUCCCAACACAGCAAACACAUUGGCCUGAAAAUGCCACCCUGUUCUUCAGGAAGAACCUUCUCUUUCCUCCUGUAGUGCCCUUCAGAUGCUCCUGGAUGGCAGGAGAUGUUUACAGCUUAAUUGUGAUCUGUAUCCCUUCAGAGGAGGAAUGGGGCUUAUUGGCAGUGAUGAAUGAAGGAUCUGGGGCUUGGGGAGAGCUUUCUGUUUGGAAAAUGUGGCAGGGCAAUUUUGGUUGUGUGUGUGUGUGUGAGAGAAAGAGAGAGAGAGAGACAGACAGACUGCUUAUAGGAGUUGACAGAAUGGCAUUAAUAUGCUCACAGAAGGCAGGGAGGAUGGCAAUGCAUCUAAGUUGAACAUAUUAGGAAGCUGUCUUCUUCCAUGGACACUGGUCCAUCUAGCCCAGUAUAGUCUACUCUGACCGGCAGCAGCUCUCCGAAGUUCCAGGCUGAGGGAAGCCUUCUCCAGCUCUGCUACUUACCUAGCAGGGAGACACCAUGAUCACAAAGGUGGUUUUCUCAGGGUGAAGCUCAUCCAUUGCAUCCCUGCGAUUUCCCCAAAUGCAGGAAACUCGACUGCAUUCGACUGUGGUAGUUUCAAAGAGUUUCUUGGAACUGGAGAUUGAACCUGGGGCCUUCUGCAUGCAAAACAGUAGGGCCUCCCCGCCCUGAACUGUGGCUCUUUCCUUUGGUAUCUUGACAGCACAUACCCAAACAUGCAUUCUUGACAUUUGGGCAAACAGUUCCUGGAAUGCCUUGACUGCCCACUCCAGCUUCUGUUCUCAUGAUCACUGAAGCAGAAGAGAAUUCCCAUUUCACAACAAUAAUGAACUGAAAAGAGUGGGGGAGAAAUCCUGCCUUUUUCCAGAUGGUUAAAUAGUAUUAAAGGAUAAGAACUUCUUUGCUGCUGCCUCCGAGGACAUCUCUGUGUGGGUUAUCCUCUCCACGUGGCUCAUAGGCAGGACUAUGCAAAUUAGUGUUUGAAGACGCCUUAAGACCCUGGGGAGAAUAGCCCCACCCAGUUCUUUUAUUCCUGCAUUGGCUUCAGGCAGAUUUCAGUCCCUCUGAGAAUAUUCCCUCCUACUCUUCAUUCGGUCCUCCAUUAUUAUUUUUCUGCCUUUCCAUUCUAUUUCACCUACUAAAAAAGAUGAAGAAAGCCAUUUUUUCCUUCCCGCUUCCCCCUGCCCCCCUCCCCACCUUUCGAUCCAUUUGUGCCUGUCUCCCUAUCUGGUCUGCCAUGGAGCACAGGCAGCGGAUUUGCAACAUUCUUCUCCCAAAGGGGAAAAUCCAGGAAGGGCUUCCCAAGCCCAUUCAGGCCACCGGAACACCCCAGGACAUGCUGCCCCCAGCCGGGCCUUUGCCGUGAGAAGAAAGUACCCUGAAAAACGCUGAGCUCUGUCUCUUGCUUUCGGGUCAUGAGACCAGGAGCAGAGCAGCACAGUGAGGAGGAACGUGCUCGGGCGGCAUGGGCCAGGCUAUGGACUUAAUCCCUCCCCCGAACAACACCAUAGUUCCCUCAGUGCUUUCAGAAGAUGCUGAAGUGCCUCCAUCCACCCUGCUGGGCCGCACUGAGCCUGCGAUUCCACAAAACAAUCAAAAUCCCCCUCCACCAGUCAUCCCAGGCCUGAGUGGAGUGGCGAGGAAUGGAAAUAACACGUGCCGGACUGCUACAGCAACACAGUUUUUGGUGGGGCCGCAACCUAGGCAGCUUCUCUACCACCAUUGUGCUUUCCAUGGGGCAGACUCGAGCAGCGACAACCAGCUAUUCAGACCCCAAGAGCACAAGCAGUGAGCUCUGCACGUAUCAGUUCUUCUUCUUUUUCCUUGGGGUUACCCCAUACCCAAAACAACCUCCCAUCAGGCAAACUUAAGGGAUUUUCCAGGGAAAAUGCUGGCACUUCUGGUUCCAGGAGAUACUGGCAUGCUUCUUUGAGCAUUAUGAUCAAGUAAAAACAAAAAAGCAAAAAGGUCCAGAAGGGAGCCAUCCUCCUCUUCCACCCCGCUCUGGAUUCCUCUGAAUCCAAGAGCCCCUCUCCUAAAAAAGCUAAGAAAAAACCAAAAGCAUACCAAAAAGUCCAAAAAUGGGAAGUCUAAGUCUCCCCCCCGCCCAAGGUCCAAAAUAGGCAGAAGUAUGCAUUCACUCUUCAGAGCUCUCUAGCCCCAACUCACCUGAUCCAAAAUGUCCACAGCUAAGGGUUCCUAAUGAUCCUCCCAGUUGGGCAUCCCCUGCAGGCCCCAGCAACCCUCCCACCUAUACAGCGCCCCACCAACCCUGGAGAGGUUGGAGUGGAAAUAAUUCCCGUUGGGGAUGGAGUUCCAGUGCAUCGAUCUUUUGCACCAACUAUCCUAAUGACCACUAGAUUCAUUGGGAGGAGAGGUAGCUAGUGAGGGUCUCCUUACCUGUCCCUGCUUUCCUCUGCCCUAUAACCCCUGCUUUGGCUCCUCCAGGGUUUCCUGUAGUGAGUCAGUCCUCUUCCUUUCCUCCUAGAGAGAAGAUUGAAACAUCUUCCCCCCCCCCCGCCUAUUCAUUAUGUAGCUGAUAGAUAGGAUAGAUCUUUCCUGUCCCAAAUGUAUUUCACUAAUAAACCCAUUUCGUUUACAGUGAUCUCCAUGAAUGUUACUUAAAUAGCUGCAACAACUAAACUACACUCUGUAACUGGAGUGGUAGCUUCCUUGAUGCUUUGCUUAAUAAUCACAAACCCCAACAGAAGACCCUAUGGGACAACCAAUCUUGCCAUGCACUAUGGGACAACCAGACGCAAAUCCGGCAGGAGAUCCCGGGGCAAAACCACCCGAUAAAGAAGGGAAGUGGUCUGAUGGACAAGAACCAGAGAGUAUGGAGGCUCCUCAGAGACUUUUCCAAUCUUCAGACUUUGGGCCCCUCAUGAACAAGACCUUUCAUACCGUGCAUCUCAAUCCAUCCCCUCCCUUGGAGGUUCAUCCACUCUCUAAGAGUACAAAACACACACCCUGCAAAGAAAUAGAAAUUCUAACGCAGUCUGACUAAACAAACUUCCCUAGACUAAACUUCCCUUUUUCUUAAACUCACCAAACUCCAGAUGAGAAUUCAAGCUUCUUGCCCUCCUAUCUUUCAAGGAUACACAGAGUUAUUUUUCCUGCAGCCAUCCUCCAUGGCCACAUGUCUUUCUCUCUUCUAACAAAGACCUCUCCUUCUUGUUCCCAGAAUUCCCUGCAACUGCUCUCUAGGUCCCACCCACCUGGUGUACUAACAUAAGAACAGCGCUGCUGGAUCAGGCCCAAGGCCCAUCCAGUCCAGCAUCCUGUUUCACACAAUGGCCCGCCAGAUGCCACUGAAAACCUACAGGCCGGAGUUGAGGGCAUGCCCCCUCUCCUGCUGUUACUCCCCUGCAACUGGUACUCAGAGGCAUCCUGUCUUUGAGGCUGGAGGUGGCCCUCCGACUAGUAGCUGUACUGAUUGGCUGCCCUGGAGUUCACCAGCGUGUCAGUCAAGACAAGGGUUCACUCCCUAUUAUCUCUUUAGGGGCAGGGGUGGCUGAUCACUACAGCCUACAUAAAAUGCACAGAACAUAUCAGAACCAUGGAGUCACUAUUCGUAAUCUUGCCAUGCACUAUGGGACAACCAGUUACUCCAUCCUCUAUUGGCAGGUAGAUAAAGGCCUGCAUAUCACUUGCUUACCAAUCCCCAAAUCUUUGGGCGUCUAUGCACAUCUUCGCUCACUCCACCAGAGCUACAGCGGCAUCAGUGGCGUAUUCCACAAAUGCCCCAGUACACGGGAUUUGUAGGGCAGCUACAUGGAAAGCACCCUCUACAUUUACCAGACAUUAUAAUUAUAAAUUGGAGUAUUUCACCUCUGCCCAUGCAGAGUAUUUCGCCUCUGCCCAGGAAAACAAACAAAUGGAUCGUAGAAGAAAUCAAUCCAGAAUUUUCACUCAAGGCACAAAUGACCAGCCUCAAAUUAUCAUACUUCAGACACAUUAUGCGAAGACCCAGCUCCCUUGAGAAGUCCAUAUUGCUGCGGAAAGUUGAAGGAAAGAGAAGAAGAGGACAACCAGCAGCAAAGUGGAUGGACUUGGUGACAACAGCAAGGAAUGCACCACUGAGAGACCUUAAAGGCCAAGUUGACGACAGAUCAUCCUGGAGAGAAUCUAUCUAUGUGGUUGCUAAGAGUCGGCACCGACUUGACGGCACUUAACCAACCAACCAGCCAACCAGUAAAUGGACUGUCUAUGGCAAAUGGAACUCCUUCUCUGGGUUUUUGACCUUAAAGGCCAAGUUGGACAGAUCAUCCUGGAGAGAAUCUAUCUAUGUGGUCGCUAAGAGUCGAUACCGACUUGAUGGCAUUUAAUCAAGCAAGCAAGCAAGCAAGCAAGCAAGCAGCUUUUGGUAGGUGUGUACUUGAGCAGAUGCUUCUUCCUGAGUAGGCAGGAUGCCCCUUCCUAAGGUGUUGCAGGGCUGCAGUAUGUUCCACACAGAGAUGUCCUUGGGAGCUGCAGCAGAGAACAGAGCAUUGGUUCACUUACUGUGAAGGCUUCUUCUUGCUGCUGCAUCUGACGACAUCUCGCCCCGCCCAUGAGGCACCCAUGCACCUAUAGCCUAUACCUACCAGGUUAUCAUUGAUUUGUCUCAUCUUUGUUUCAAGCGAGGUUCUAAUUGUGUUAGUUGGAUCGAGGUGCUGUUCUGCCUCUUGGCCUAAAAGAACUGGGUGGGGCUAUGCUCCCCAGGCUCUUAAGGUGUCUUCAAAAACUAAUUUGUAUAGUCCUGCCUAUGAGCCAUUUGGAGAGGAUAACCCACCCAGAGAUGUCCUCAGAUGCAGCAGCAAGAAAAUGCCUUCACGGUAAGUAAACCAAUGCUCCGAUUUGGGUUGGAUCACCUUAGGUAUCUAGCACAAAAGUCUGACAUAGCAGACACUUUGGCCUCUGAAAAGUCCUCCGCAUUCUUCAAGAAGGAAUUUUCUUUCUCAUAUCUCCCUGCUCCUGUGAAAUCUUUUCUGUUGAGGAAGAGAUUUUUUAUUUUUCUUGAGGCACUCCUGUCUGUGGCUAUCUAUCCCCCACUGCCGGGUGGGAUAGAGGACCUGUUGGGAUGGGAUAUCAGGGAGGUGGAGGAAGAGAUAAGCAGCCUCUCCAUGCUUGCUUCCUUUCUGCCGAGAUGCACCUAUCAAGCAACUUGGGAAUUCUGUUUGGCUUCAUGGAUUAUGAGUACAGAACUGGGAGGGGAAAGUUAUUCCUGGCCUCUUCGCUUAUAUUUCCAGAAUGUGCUUGCUUCUUAGCUUCUUGGUCUAGGUUAUGGGGAUGGCUGUUCCCUGUAAACCAACAUGCUCUCUUCUAGCUGUUCCAAACCAUUGCAUCCUUUUGCUGGCUGCCUUUUAGCAGGGGUUGAUGAUGGAGAGGAGCUACGAGUUAAUUUGGAAACUGUGUAGUAGCAAACUCCCCUGGCUGAAGGAACCCACAUGUGUGAGUGGGGCAUUCCCUCCAAGCUCAUGUCUGUAAUGUUGUCUUAUGUAACCUGAAAGCUGGUGCAUGUCAUUCUAAAAGACUAGGGAAGCGUCUGUGGAAUGCUUUUUGUUCAUGACCCAUUCUCUUUUUCUCUUUGGAUGGAUUGCUUUGAAUAAAUCCUACUAGUUGUACCUUUAA